AAAAAGAAAAGGAAUCCGAAGUACACUACAUCGUACCUCGGAACGCAUCCUAUGUUUGUUGCCCCAACAACGCCAAUUGAGGAUAGUAAAGUAUUCGUAGUGUUACAAAAAAAUGAUAAGAUUUAGCCUCUCGCAUUAAACGUAACCUCUAUAGCCUUGUUCACGUACGAGAUCGCAGUAGAUUGCUGUGGACGGAAUGGCGGUUGGCUCAACGAAGGUGGUUCAGGUGACAAACAUCGCGCCCCAGGCCACCAAGGAUCAGAUGCAAACACUUUUUGGGUAUCUAGGCAAAAUCGAGGAUAUCAGGUUAUACCCAACGAUUAGGGAUGUCGCCGUACCCGUACAGUCGCGCAUAUGUUACAUCAAGUUCCAUGACCAGGGUUGCGUCGCUGUAGCACAACAUAUGACCAAUACUGUUUUUAUCGAUCGUGCAUUGAUAGUGAUCCCAUAUCAAAAUGGAGAUAUUCCGGACGAGCAGCGUGCCUUGGAGUUAACCAACAAUGGCACAGUUGUACCAGGUCUCUAUCCAUCAGAACCAAAGUUACCACCGAACGUUGUGAAUGCUAUUGAAGGUAUUCCUCCAAAUCAUGUGAUUACCACGAUGGAUCCUAAGCUAGAGGCGAAUAGCUUGCCGUCCUAUCCGCACCUACCAGGUCAUUUGGACAGCAGACGUAUCGAAGAGAUUCGUCGGACGCUUGUAGUGGCAAAUUUAGAUACAUCGGUGAGCCCUGAGCAGCUGCUGGACUUCUUCAGUAACAACAAUAUAGAGAUCAAGUACCUGCGUAUGUGCAGUAGGGACUCGGAUGCCGAUCAUUAUGCACUGGUGGAGCUGUCUGAACAGGCAGCUGUGAUUGCGGCGUUGCUGCUGAAUGGAAAGCAGUUUGCAGAACGAUCAAUCAAGCUGUACCACUCAACGCAGGCGAUCGCCAAACCAGAGGCAAAGAGCAACGAAGCUGCACAAAAGGAAAUUGAAGAAGCAAUGUCGCGGGUAAAAGAGGCACACAAUCUCAUCUCUGCGGCAAUCGACCCGAUGAUCGGUAUGCUCUCCAAGGAUAAGCGAAGCAGAAGUGGCUCGCGCAGCCGUAAGUCUCGUUCGCGAUCCCGUGGACGUAGCCGACGCUCGAGAUCACGUAAGCGUUCGCGAUCACGCCACCGACGCUCGCGAUCUCGUCAUCGGCGUCGAUCGCGCUCGCGCUCCAAACGAUCUCGAUCGAAAGAUCGCAGGCGCAACUCUCCAUCGAGACGACGCAGCAAUUCGCGUAGUCGCCACCGUUCGCGUAGCAGAUCGAGAAGAUCGAGGUCACGUCGAUCACCAUCUAGGUCAAAAGAGCGGAAGAAGAGAUCACCGCGUCGUCGCAGUCGUUCACGUUCACGAAGCAAGGGCUCUACAUCCAGGUCUAGGCGGUCGCGUUCAAAAUCUAAGUCCAGAUCAUCCAAAUCCAAGUAUUCCGUGGACAAGAGCAAGGAUAAAGAUCGAGAAAGGCGCAGCAAGGAUAAGUCAGAUAAUGGUAAGAGAAGCGAUAGCGAUCGGGAGAGAGCCGAGAAAGAGAGCAGUAGAAGCGAGAAGAAAUCUAACAAGGAGAAACGAUCGAGUGACAAAUCGGAUUCUAAACAGUCGGACGACAAGAGUAGAUCGGAGAACGAUAGCAAGGAGAAAGCAAUGGAUUCGGAAAAUUAGACAAGGACUCCAUUCAUCACUGAUAUAGUUUUCCAAGUAUCGUGAAAUUCAACAAACUACCUGUCUUUAUCGCUAAUGUAUUGGUACAGUGACAAAUAUAUGGAUAUACAGUAUUCUCUCGAA